AAAAAAUGUCAUUUUUCGAUCGAAAUCACCGAAUUCUAAAUGAAACUCAUCAAAAUUCUCAAACUGUACAUUUGAUGAAUGGAAAUUUACAAUUAAUAUUAAUAUUAUCAAUGAUAAUAUUAAUGUUAAUAAUAUUGAUUAGUUUUGCAAUGUUAAUUCGUCGUAAUGUUUGGUUACAAUCAUCGAAAUUAUUUCAACGUAAUCCAGGUAUUCAUCAACAAUAUCCAUCAACAGAUAAUCAUAAUAAUAAUGGUCAUCAUUAUCUAAAUCCAUAUCAACGACAUUAUUAUAGUCGAAAUAGUCACCGAUUAAGUUUAUAUCCAUUAUCAUCAUCACCAUUAUCAUCAUUAUCAUCAGAUAUUAAUCCAUCGACGUUAUAUUGUUCGCCAUCAUCAGCAACUAUAUUUAAUUUAUUUACGCCACCACCACCACAGCAACGAUCAUUAUCAUCAUAUCGACCAUUUUCGAUGACAAGAUUUAAUCAAUCCACAGCAACAGCAAAUAAUCAUCAAUCAUUGAUUAUUGAUGAUGUGGAUGAUAAUUUACAACGACAACGACAACAACAACCACCGCCAUCAUAUUCAGAAGUGGUGCUUGUUGAUGAUGAUAAUGAUCAACAAUUGAAUCAACAAAAAUCUAACGAAAAAAUUGCUGAUAAUGUUAAAGUAGAGAUUAAAACAUUAUCAUCAUCAUCAUUACCGCCAUUGCCAAGUUAUCAAGAAUUGAAAUUUAUUUGA